CACCAAUUGGCCAGUUUCUGCUUCACGCUCUGAGACUGCUUUAUUCUUUGCCAGUUGCACCUCUCAGCUCUGGUUCCUGCUCCAGCUUUCCACACCUAAAUCCUGCUUCUCUAUCUGCCAGUUUGCCUGGAUACUGCUAGCUAUUGCUGCUUCUAUUAUAUCUGCUUGUCUGUUCUCCAACAAUGGCCUCCCAAACACAAUUGCCUAAUGCCUAUGUUACUCUCCUAUAUUCAUCAGACUAUCUAUCUGGGGCAUUGAAUUUAGUCAACUCUCUCAGAAAAACUAACUCUAUUCUUGGGAAAUAUGUUUGCUUGGUUCCUCAUGACCAUUUCAAUUACUUUAACCCUUUUCAAUUUAAUCUAUUGAAGAAGAACUUUGAUUACUUGAUUCCAAUUGACAUACUCUCAACUCCUAAUUCCAACUUGAAUGAAUUAAUCCACUCGCUAAAGAGAUUCGAUCUAGUUUACACUCUUUCUAAAAUCCAUGUUUUCAACCUAUUUGAUCGAUUCAACACUAUAAUCUAUCUCGAUUCAGAUGUCUUGGUCCUAAACAAUUUAGAUCACCUAUUUCAAUACUCAGCCAAUCUAAACCAAUCCCACAACCAAAUUAUUGCCUCCCCUGAUUCUGGUUGGCCUGAUAUCUUCAACUCUGGCUUUUUGGUUUUGAAACCUUCUCCAACCAUCUUCAACCAAUUGAUAAAUAUCUACUACAACUCAAUCAAAGAAAACUCAAAAUUAUCCUUCGAUGGUGCUGACCAAGGCCUAUUGAACGAAUUCUUCAACCCCAUCGGUAACUUCAACACUGCCUUGGAAAGAGACUGGUUCAAAUUAUCUUUUCUCUACAACGUAACUCCCAACGCAAACUACGAAUACAAUCCGGCCUUUGUAAGAUUUUUUAAUCAAAUCAAUUCAAUCCAUUUCAUCGGCAACAAUAAACCAUGGAAUACUCCUCCAUCCACUAUCAACGACCAACCCAAUUCCGAUAAUGAAAAUCUAAACCAAAAAUUAAUCAACAAAUGGUGGGAUCUUUGGUUCCAAGUCUAUCCCAACAAUUCUUCUGCAAAUAACCUAAUUAACCAAAAUUGUUUCAAUCCCUACAUCAGCAACUCCAUUAUCAACAAAAAUGUCAACAACACCAUUGAUAUUGCUAUCAAUGCAAAUACUGCUAUCAUUACUAAUGUCGAUAAUGGAAAUCAACAAUACACUCCUCAAAUAGACACUCAACUCUUAACUACAAGCGAAUUGUUACAAAAUGUUUCUACUUUUAUCCACAAAGAUUCCCCAUCUCAACCAUCAUUUGAUGUUUCAAAAGAUCAUCUAAAAGAUGAUCUAACUGACAACUCAAAUGAUGAUUCAAACGAUAAUCCAUCCUUAUUUUCUAAACCAUUUAUAGAGCCCAAUAUCACCGCUCCUCCAUCUCCUCCAUCUCCUCCAAAGAGAAACUACAAAAAUGAUCAGGUAAUCAUCCAAUUAUUACUAAACCCUGAUACCUACAAAUCUUUCAAAACCGUUGAUCCUGUUCAAAAACCAACACCGAUAAAAGAUCUCAAAAAAUCCUUUCAAAAAUAUCAAGUUAACGAAUGGGAUGAAUCAACAAUCAAAGAUCCCAAUUACGGAAAACCCGCUUUUAUUCCUUCUCGAGAUAACUCCUCUCAUAAUAUUGGUAUCAUUAAAAACUACUAUCUCCAGCUUAAAAAACAACAACAACAGGAAAUACGCGAUAGACAAAUAAGAGAGGAAAAUGAAAGAAAAAAAUGGUUGGAAAAUGAAAGAAUUGCAAAAGAAAACUGGCUAAAAAACGAGCAAAUAGCCAAAGAUGAAUGGCUCAGAAAUGAACAACUAGCUAAACAAAAAGAAAACGCUACAAUUACCAAACAACAAUUGUUGAAAAACGAACAACUAGCAAAAGAUGAAUGGUUAAGAAAUGAAAAAUUAGCAAAAAAAAUUCAAAUUAAAAAUGAAAAUGAAAAUGAAAGAAUUGCUAAAGAAGAAUGGUUGAAAAAUGAAAAAAUAGCAAAGGAUAAAGAAAAUCAAAGAAUUUCCAGAGAUGAGUGGUUACGAAACGAAAAACUAGCUCAAGACCGAGAAAAUCGAAGAAUUGCCGAAGAAAACUGGCUAAGAAACGAGCAACAAGCUAAAGACAGAGAAAAUGAAAGAAUCGCUAGAGAAAAAUGGCUAAGAGAUGAGCAACGGGCUAAAGAUGAAUGGUUGAAAAAUGAAAAACUAGCUAAACAAAAAGAAAAUGACAGAAUUGCCAAAGAAGAAUGGUUGAGAAAUGAAAAGUUAGCUAAAGAUGAAUGGCUAAGAAAUGAAGAAUUAGCCAAAUAUAAUUUUCUAGACCCUAAUAAAAUUGACACCAACGAGGACACAAAAACUAUAAAUUACCAAAUUGAAAACAAGCCAUUUAUAGAAAAAUUUGAAGAUAAAAAACCAGGUUGUUUUCAAACUCAGAAAUUUGAUUCAAAAAUUCCAGAUUUUCUAUCCAUGAAUAUAUUAAAAGAGUCUAUAGCAAAAGAAGAAUGGUUGAGAAAAGAAAAAGAAGCCAAGGAACAGUGGCUUGAAAAUGAAAGAUUAGCUCGCGAAGAGUGGAUUCGAAAAGAAAAUGAAUAUAAAGAAAAACAACAAUGUUUUUCCAAACAAAGAGCGUUGAGAAUUAAACAAGAAGCUAUUCAAACUGAAAGAAGAAGGAAAGAAGAAGAAGAAUGGUUAGGAAAUAAAAAAAAAGCUGACGCUCUAAAAGAAGAAGAAGAAAAACAAAUACAGAUUGAAAAAAAUAAUUUGGAAUUACAAAAACAGACUAUAAAACAAAGAGAAAGGGCUCAUCAACUUUUAAAGGAAAAGGAAGAAGCCGAAUGGUUAGAAAAUGAAAGAAAAGCAAAGGAAGAGUGGUUGAGUAAAGAAAAACUUGCAAGAGAAGCUUGGCUUCAAGCAGAAAGAGAGGAAAAUGAAAGAAAAAAAUGGCUAGAUGCCGAAAGAAAAUCCAGAGAAAUAUGGCUUGCACAAAAGGAAAAAGAUGAAAGGGAUUGGCUUGAAAAUGAACGUAAAACAAGAGAAGAAUGGUUAAUAAGAACUGCUAGAGAAGAAGAACAAUGGUUGAAAAAUGAAAAAAAAGCCAAAGAAGAAUGGUUAGAAAGGGAAAGAAAACAACGCGAAAUACAGAAACAAUUGGAAAAAGAAAGAUAUUUGAGAGAAGAAACACAAAGAAAAGAACAAGAAAGGAAAGAUAGAGAAUUAGCUGAGUGGUUAGAAAAUGAAAGAAAAGCAAAGGAAGAAUGGCUAAAAGGUGAAAGAAGGUUUGCUGGGGUUCAACGUUUAUUAGCAAAACAAAGGAUUUUACUCGAAAAAAAAUCAAUUAAGAGCAAAAUUUCAGAAAUUUCAGCCGAUUUGAAAACAAAUGAUCGCAAUAUCAAAAAGACUACUGCCGAAGAAGAUUUUAAUAAAACAGGGACAGAGAAAGCUAUUCCUGAGAAACAGUUAAGUUCUAUUUCCACUGAAGAAGUAAUUGAAGAAACCGAUGCUUUUUCUAAAACAACAAAGAAAGACACAGAAAUUAAAACCGAUAAAGAUUUUCCCACAAAAGAGAAAAAUUUUAAAACUUUUAACAUAGAAAUCAAAGAUUUUGUGGAUGAUAAUGAUUUUGCAGAUGACAAGGAUGUUUUGGCUGAAAAAGAUGUUAUAGAAGACAGAGAUGAUAUAGUAAAGAACAAGCAUACAGUUUCCCCGAAAAGUGAGUCAUCAGAUCAAGAAGAAAAAAAUAGAUCUAUUUCAACAGAGUCCUCCAAAAGCAGCCCAGAUGAUAUUUCUGAGUCAAAUUUAGAUAAAAAUCUUGUUUCAACUUCCAAAAACGAAGAAAAUAAAGUAAAUACUAGCACUGUUGAUGUUGCGACUGAAGAAACAAAUGAGUUAGACAAAGAGGAUACUAAAGGAAAAAUUGGUGAAACUAGGAAAAAAGAUGGUGAAUUGCCCAGGAUUUUUCCUUGGGAAUUGCAAAAGAAUUUACCAAAACCAUCGCGUGUAUUUCAUGAUUUUUCUUCUUCAUCAAACAAUUCAGAUUCAGAUUCAGAUUCAAAUUCAGAUUCAGAUGCAGAUGCAGAUGUAGAUGCAAAUGCAGUUAUCUCUUCAAGUGCAGACAUUCCAAUACAAGAUGAAUCAAUGUUUAAAAACAAAGAUAUUAGUAACAUUGAUCUGGAGUUUGAUGUAACUAUUCAUCCUUGGGCUAAAAGCAAAAAGUUUCUUAAAAUCGUUAGUUCAACUUCUACUAAAAACAAGAUUGAAAACCUGCCUGUUCCCAAUUCCAGUCUUCCUUCUCCUAGAAGUGAGGACGUAGCUGAAAAAAGCAGUAUACUAACAAUGACUAAUUCUCCUGAAUUUCUCGAUGAAAUGCUGAUUACGCUGAGCAAAAGUUUUCUCAAUUUAGUAACUGAUUUUGGCGAUAAUGAAGAAACGGAUUCUGAUUUUUCGAUUGAUGAAAAUCAAGAUUUGGACAACAGCAAAGAAACUGAUGAAAAUGAAUCUUUCAAUAUUGAAGCAAAUCACAUUGAAACUGAUGGCUCAAGAUUAGAUAAACUUGGUGUUGAUACUCUUGAAACGGAAAAUCAAGUUCAAAAAAAGGAGAUCCUGCUGAAAGAUGAUUCUAUUAAUCAAAAAUCUCCUCAAAAUGUUUUAAAUAGUUUAUCAAAAUACAAUUUUGAAAAUUCCGAGCAAGACGAUUGGGACCCUAAUCAGCAACUUGAGAAUUUAAUUAAACACUCAGUUGAAGUUCUCAUUGAAAAAUCUAAUGUUCAAGAUGCUGAAAAGGACAAAUCUGUUGAAUUAAAUUAUGAUGUUUUUCCUGGCCAUUCAGAAGAUUUUGGAUUUGAGAGUAGUGAAAAUAUGAUUUUACUUGAAGAAAAUAAAAAAUUAGAAAAUGAUAAUAAUAAUUCUAGUGCAAGUAAAAAGAAAACUGAAAAAGAGGACGAUGAGUUUAAUGUUGUCACAGAGGAGGAAGAUAGUAAAGAAAAAUUAGGAAAAUUUAAAAGAAACGAAAGUUUCAAGCAAUUUUUAAAAUACAAUUUUGAAAACAAUUUAAACGAUCAGUGGAACCCUGAAGAACAAUUGGAUAAAUUGACAAAAGAAAAAGAGACAGUGAAUAGUUAUGUUGAGUCUGCAGAUUGGACAGAUAAAAACGAUGAUGAAAAUGAUUUUAUAUAUUUCAAAUCUACAAAAAAAAGCUCAGAUAAAAGCAGGAAAAUUGAUUUAUCAAAAAACAUUAGUUCAAACAGCGACCUAACAGCAGGAACAUCAUUGACCAUUCCACUAAGUUUGACAAAAUGGAUACAAAGUGAGUCAAUCACCAAAACUCCGGUACCUGAGCCAGCUGUUGAAACUAAAGAACCAGAGCCAGUCGAAACCAAAGAAC